AUGUUUUUUCAUCGUUCCGAACUAGGAAUAAUUGCUUGGCACAUUUUUAGGCAUAUCCCUAAUUAUGUGGUUGCGGGUUUUGCAAAGAGGCUCUCCCGCAUGCUUCUUCUAGCUCCACUGGACGCUCAAGAACCGGUACUAGGAUUGAUCAGGAAUCUCAUGACUCGCCAUCCUAAUGUGGCUUGCCUCAUUCAUCGUGAUGUUCCAGAAACUCUUGUUUCUGAUCCAUAUGACGAAAAUGAACCAUGCCUAAGCAAAUGUAACGCUCUCAAUAGCUCACUCUGGGAGAUCAAGAGUCUGCAAAAGCACUGGCAUCCAAAUGUGGCAAAACGAGCGAAUUUUGUUGAUAAGAAACUGCAGCAGGUGGAGUCAUUUGUACGCUUUCGCUGUCAAGACGAGCUUUUCUCGAACAUGAUGGCAAAACCUUUUGGCAGCAAAGAGGGCUCAAUGGAGGAGAAGUAUAGUCGUGCACAGGUAUGUCUGUUGCCAAUAAGUAGUUGACU